AUGAUAGGGUUUGAAGACUUGAACAUUAUAUCGUGGAAUGUACGAGGAGCCUUGCAUGAGAAUGGGAGGCUUUUUGUCAGAGACUUAAUAAGAGCUCAGAAGGUGGAUAUGGUUCUACUUUUUGAAACUAGGUGCCAAUUCGCUCAAGUUAGUAGAUUCUGGAGUACCUUGGGUUUUGCCCCUAAGUUUAUUCAGGAAGCCCAGGGAUUCAGUGGAGGCAUAUGGGUUUUAAUUAGAACCAUUGCUAACUUCUCUUGCCGUUUGUUACACAUGCAUAACCAAGCAGUGUCAUUUGAGAUAUGGAGGGAUAAUCUUUCCUGGGCAUGUAGCGCUAUUUAUGCCUCUCCGAUUCCAACCCAAAGAGAGAAUCUUUGGGAGCACUUGUGUCAUAUCCGUGGCUCCAUCACUAUCCCUUGGUUACUUGUGGGCGAUAUGAACGAGACGCUUCUCCCGUCCGAAGUUCGAGGGGGUGAAUUCAUGGCUCGUCGCGCAGCUAAGUUUGCAGAGGUUCUAGCCCAGUGUAAUUUGGUGGACCUAGGUUUGGUGGGUGGUAGGUACACUUGGUUCCGGAAGAGGAAUAAUCGCAUCAUCUUAUCUAAGAAGUUAGAUAGGGGUCUUGGGGAUGUAGACUGGCGCAUGGCGUUCCCAGAAGCUACGAUCGAAAUAUUACAUCGGCUUCACUCUGACCAUUGCCCCUUGCUGGUCCACUGUGGCAACUCUAGCGUGGUGGGUGAGGGAACACGGUUGUUUAGGUUUAUGGCUGCUUGGGCUGAUCAUCCAGGAUACCAGCAAGUGGUGCAGGGUGCCUGGCAACGGGAAGAGGGCCCAAUUCACUCAAAACUGGAUCGGGUUCGUAUUGCCUCUGAAAAAUUUAAUAAGGAGACUUUUGGCGGCAUCUUCCGACGCAAACGCUGGGUGGAAGGUCGGUUACGAGGUGUCCAACUAGAUCUCAGUAUGAGGGUCACGUCUUCCAUGGCCCAAUUGGAAUCGGAACUUCAAUUGGAAUACAAGUCGAUACUGAAAUAG